AUGGCUUCAAGAACGGCAUUCCACAGAGUGGUUACACUCCUCCUUCUGGUCUUGCUGCAGUGUCACAAGGUGCUAGCAUCAGGCUGUACCCAGGUGCACUGCCAGAUCUCUGUGUGCGCUGCCAACACGGACGAAGCCUUCGACGUGGCGAGCCUCGGCCUCGUGGGCAUAAUGGGGCCCGACUGCGCGAGCUGGAUCCCCGGCCUGCCCACCAAUGAGGGCCAGGGUAGCUGCGCACCCGGCUUGAAGGAAUAUCGCGGCAACCUUACCAUUUGGCGGGCUUGGACCGCGAGGGGAAACGACUACUCCGCCACGUUUGCGCAAUGGGGCAACUUUCUCGGCGCCACCUGUAUUGGGGGAAAGACUGUGAAGUGCUCUCCCAAGUCGGGAGAGUACCCGAGCACGGUGACUGGAAAGUGUCAGAGAAAGCAAUGGUGA